CUUUAUGUGGAGAUGACUAAAUUAUGACCACGCCCAUAUGUACGGUACGUAACGACGUAGCCCACCCCCUUGCGCUACGAGUAUAAAUUAUCCGCAGUCUCCUCAGUCGCGUUCAGAGGUUGGACCAGCUGGUACACUCUGCUUUUUUUUCCUUCUUCACCGAGCUGAAGUGACUCGACGCCGAAGAUGUUUCUUAGGAAGCUGCUUGGUGGGAUCGUCGAAGUGGUCAGCAACAUCGAUCCCGGCCAGUUCGGGCCCUCCGAACCUCCUCCUCCUCGCAGACCGUUGGCGUAUGUCCAGGCUAAUGAGACAGAUGAGGAGCGAAAGUUCCGUGGUGUGUUUCAACAACUCGCCGGCGACGACAUGGAAGUGAGUCCCCAUGAGCUGAUGAACAUCCUCAACAAGAUCAUCGGCAAACGUGGUGACUUGAAGACCGAUGGCUUCUCUAUUGAGUCCUGCAGGAGUAUGGUGGCUGUCAUGGAUAGCGACAGCACGGGCAAACUGGGCUUCGAAGAGUUCAAGUACCUCUGGAACAACAUCAAGAAGUGGCAGGCCAUCUAUAAGCAGUUUGAUACCGAUCAGUCCGGCACGAUCGAAGCUAGCGAGCUGCCACGCGCAUUCCAAGCUGCAGGCUUCCCCCUGAACGACCAGCUCUUCAAGAUGAUGGUCCGCAGGUACAGCGACGGGAACGACAACAUGGACUUCGAUAACUACAUCGGCUGCCUGGUCCGUCUGGACGCCAUGUGCCGUGCCUUUAAGACACUGGACAAAGACAACAGCGGCACCAUUAAAGUCAACAUCAAAGAGUGGCUGCAGCUGACCAUGUACUCAUGAGCAACUCACCGUGCCUGGAUCUCUAACAACGCUCUAUGUUCACCUUGUUCACCACGACACUAACCAAAGCAAAAAUUAAACAUGGCCCUAGGUUGCUUUGAAGCUCUGUUUUUAAUCAUUUUUUUCUGCCUUAUUGAUGCCCUUUGUUAGCUAGAGUCUAGAGUUUUUAUAUGAAGAAUUAAGCUUAACAGAGAUUUUAACAUGGUGAUCGCCCGACAGUGUGGUUUAUUAAUCUGUACAGCAUGAAUACAAUUUGCCAUCAUGAAGAAAAAGGCCAAAGGGGGGUGUCAGUGUACCCGUGGGAAGUUUAACGCACACAGAUUUUAUAGGAAAUAAAGUAUAUGCAAAUGAAUAAAGAAUGUUUGUGAUGAUUUCCUGAUGCCACAUCCUGUUGCCGAUGAAACACAGAGGUGCUCUUUGAUAACGUCUGCACUUACAGCUAGACGCUAGCUAGCUGAUCACAAGUCAGGUUUCUCUCCUUUGAGCUGAAAGAAGAAAUCAAAACCAUGUGACGCUUUUAUGAACAUCCUCACAGCUGGAUAUACAGCAACUUCUGCAUCUCAUGUUUUUUGUUUCUUUUUUUUAAACAAAUCAGGUACCGUUGAAAAGCUCAAUACUCUAUAUUUCAAGUUACGAUAUUUCUUCAGGUUUUAUUUGUUUGAAUAAAACAGCCUCCAAUCCGAAA